UUCCUGUUUAUGUUUCAUGUUUCAUUGAGGAGGUGGAAAUCAUAGCUAUAGAAGAGUGGCUAACCAAGUAGCUAUUGUACAGCUGAUACUACCACAGUAUAGUUCCAGUUUUGUAUGUCUAACUAGCUGAGUGCAUUUAGCGAUGGUUGCUGUAAUAAGUCUAUGGUUAAUGAAAGUUUUGCCAUUUCUCAUGACAAUAUUGAUGGUCAACUCCCAGAAUGGUGUGUCCAUCAGGUUCAUGGGACAAGAACUGAUCAGUGGUAUCAGUCGAGUUUGUCUGAGUGACAUUGGAGAGCAGCCAUCACGAGCUAAUAUAUCGAAUGGAAUACCAGACACUGUGGAGGGUCCUGCCCUGGUGUGUGUCACUGACAACCCCAACUGUUGCAGGGCAGUGGACAAUCCUAAUGGUGGAGUAGUCGGAGAAUGGACACUAAAUGGAUUUGAAGUACCUGGUAUUAAUGCAGACCCAUCAUCUCACCUCUAUAGGAAUCGAGGUACUGGUCUGGUGCGAAUCAAUUAUCGACCUAAUGCUGAAGGCAACCCCCUACGAAGUGUAACUGGACAAUACUGCUGCAUGAUACCUGAUAUGAGUAGCGUCUUCCAGACACUCUGUGUUGAUGUUACACAAGAUGAUUCCGUCUGCACUACAUCAACUAUGACACUACCUACUGCUAUGGCUACUGUAACAGGCUUCACUGACACUGUGCCCCCCACAACUGACCCCCCACCUGGAUCAAGUGACCCCCAGCUGGGUGCAAUCGUUGGUCCACUAGUUGGAGUGAUUGUUGUACUCAUUCUCAUUAUACUCGUUAUCAUUGUAGUGAUUGUUAUGGUUACAUGGUGGAGCCAGAAAAGAAAUGGACAGUGGAACAGAGAAAGAAACAUUCAAACAAACAAUUUUACUAAUCGCUCCUUUGUAAUCGACUCGGGAAACAUUAACCUGAAAACAAACCAGGCUUAUGGAAAUAUCGAGCAUGGAGAAACAGCUGUAACUGUUGCUAACCUGGUUGCUAACCCUUCCUACGAGAGUGUGCCCCCACCCAUUGCCCAACAGAGUGUAGAGUAUGACUACAUUCCUGACCUACUCCAUGGCAACAUGUCGGGUAGUAACAGUGGAGAUGGGACUGAGGACAGUAACGGUGGACUUACUUCUCUAGUGUAUGAGCAAAUACCUGCCUAG